AGUUAUGGACAUGCUAGGGAAUGCAGCCUCGGUGGCUCAACUCGUCGGGACUGUGGGCAGGCUCAUCUCCAAGAUCAUUGAUGCGGCGAGGACGGCGCGCCAGAACAAGCGGGAGUGCCUGUACCUCACGGUCCGCCUGUCCAUCAUCGGCGAGGUGCUGCCUCGCCUGCCGCAGGACGCCAAGGUGAAGCGGUCGCUCACGGAGCUGGGCAAGACGCUGGGCGAGGCGCACGAGCUGGUCCUCGACUGCCAGAACUGGAGCACCGCCCGGCAGCUCAUCGGGGCCCGCCGCCACGCCGACAGCUUGAAGGAGGUCAACGGCAGGAUCGACUCCCACAUCAACCUCCUCAACUUGGUCUUUAACACCACCUCCGGCGGCAUCCCUCCCAACCACACGGAUACGGCGACGGUGUCAUCGCCGGGCUCCUCCUCGGGUCCUGCCGCCCCCCCAACGCAGCUCCGAGGUGCUGUACAAGGGCCGUCUCCGCGACGGCACGGAGACGGAGGUGCCGUGAAGGUGCUUAUCAAGAACGGGCGGCAGGACGUGGAGGGCGUGGUCGUGACGGAGGUCGAGAUCCUCUCCCCCCUCCGGCACCCACACAUCGUGUGCCUGGUCGGCUGGUGCUCCGAGGAGGAGGACCGCAUCAUCGUCUACCACCACGAGCAUACGAGCAACGGCACGCUCAGAGACCACCUGCUGCGCCUGCGCCUGCGCGUGCGCGUUCGAGCGCGCCUGAGGGGCCGCUCUAGCUUUAGGUCGUCGCCGGUGAGGUCGACCUGGAAGAUGCGCGUCGAGGUGCUGCUGGGCGCAUCGCGGGCCAUGGAGCACUUGCACCGUUUCGGGGUUAUCCACCGCAACGUGACCUCGUUCAACAUCCUGCUGGACGGCAGCUGGGCGCCGCGCAUGUCCGGCUUCGGCCAAGCGAUCUUGCUGGCGGCGGCCGGAGACCAGGUCGACACCGAGGUGGUCGGCACGCCUGGUUACGUCGACCCGGAGUACGGCCGCACUGGGCGUGUGAGCGCGGCGAGCGACGUGUACAGCUUCGGGAUGGUGAUACUAGAGACGCUGACGGGGGAGGAUGCCGCCACCAUGCAGAUGGACUCGGUGCUCCUGGCCAUACGCAACAGGAAGCUACGGGAUGUGCUGGUCCGCCGCCCUGCGGCGACGCCGCGGCAGCUGGAGGCGCUGGAGCUCGUGGCGCACACGGCGGAGUGCUGCCUGUUUCCACAUGGGAACGACCGGCCUGCCAUGUCGAACGUUGUGACCAACCUCGAGAGGGCGCUCACGAUCAUAAAUACGUACUAAGCAGUCAGAAAUGAGCUGAAGCUAGCUAUUAUGUCCGUAAUAGCUAUUUUUAAGCUGCCUCACAGCCGGAGGAGAGGCAACGACAAGGAGAUGAGGGGUUGCUGCCAUGCUGGAGUAAGAAGAAGAAGUCUGGGCCAUUGGGAUCUCAAUCCAACGACGAGGAAAAAUCGACUGGUUCUGGAUAAAAAAAAUCUGGAAACCUAUAUAUUUCGUUCCUCGUUAUAG